AACAAUAGAGAAUAUUGUCAGUAUAAACCACUUUUCAAAAUGUCGAUAUAUUUUCCUCCUUAUAUUAGUUAGAUAAAGGUUUAAAGGGUAUACCACUGUAUCCGAACUAACAAUUAAAAAUUUUUACUGAUCGUUAUAAAGAUUUUAUGAAUUUACUAUCUAAGAAGUAAGAAGUAGUAUUCCAGUGCAUUGAAGUCUAAUCCUUGCUACAAUACAGGCCACACAUAUGCUUCUCGUUAUAUUGCUGAUUGCUAGCUCUGCCUUCAGGAAUAUUCAAGAGGUCGAGUCCUUCACAUGGGGCGAGGUGGGGUCAAGUUGGGAGGAUAUCAAAGAAGCAGAUUAUUAUGGUAGUGAAGAAGCUGAUGUGAUCCCUGAAAUACAGAACAAUGGUUUCCAGAAACUAAUUUACUGGCUUGAACAUCAGAUAACCAGGAAGAAAAGUUUUGAAGAGUUUACUGAGCUUCAACCAGAGAAAAUAUCUGAUAAAGAUAAUGGAACCCUGAAUUUGUCUCUUCCUUCGGUUAAAUCAAAUGGAACUGACUAUGCCGGCAGCAUGACUCAGAAAAAGAAAUCUAACAAAAAGAAAGCUAGCAAAAAGAAAGCUAACAAAAAGAAAGCUAACAAAAAUAAAUCUCAGAAAAUUAUAUCCAAGAAAAUGAUAUCUAACCAAAAGAAAUCUAAGAGAAGGAAAUCUAAAUCCUCUGGCUAUUAAGUCCGCCUGCUACUAGGGCUGUGUACAAUUCUGAUAAUGAAAAUUGAAAAUUAAUGGAAGAGUCUGUUAACAAACGGGAAAAACCGUUAAUUUUCAGAUCCUUAACUGCUGUUUUUGAAAGAAAAAAAUUAUAAAUGAAAACAAAAAACAAAAUUUAAAAAGGGUGAAUUUCGUUAACGGCUCAUACCGUAAACGAUGUAUAAAAUAUCUGCCUUUUACGUCAUUAGUAAUAUCGAGAUCAUUAACUAACGGUUGCUGUAAAAAAAGUAUUGUUAACAAAAGAAUUAUUGCGUUUCAAGCUAAAAUACGAACAUCUCUGAAAAAAAACGAAUUGUUAGAAAAAGUCAGAAUUUGCCCAGCCCUACCUACCGCGGAGAAUACUAUUUUACAUAAUGUGAUUUGUAACCAUUAAACUUAUAAACAUUAAAUUUCUGCAAAAAUGAA